AUGGUUGACAAUGGCAUCAAACUUUCCUCCUUGAUGUCCAUCCCCGACAUCAGCGAUGUCCACACCAUGAACAAAAUCACAUCUGACAAACUCAAUUGUUUGGUUAUGCACAAAGGCACAUCAGAGGCAUUGCAACCACUAGGACACUUGCUAUCUCACAUUUUCAAGCCUUUCCAAAUCCCCCUCCCCCAUGUAUCUGAACUCAAAAUUACUCUCAAAAAAAUUCACCAUCCCAACAAACAUGUCAGAUUGCAAUACCACAGCUUAUCGCUGGAUACUCUGGUGCCACUAUACAACACUGAAAUGAGUACUUGGAACUGGGAUCUUCCAGUUGACUCCCCUGGAAACGACUUAGACUUGGGCCCCAGUGGUAGUACUAGUCCCACGAGUCAGGACCCAGAGGCUGCAGAGAGGGUGACUUACAAAGAAAUUUUUGCCUUGUUUAUGAAUGCUCUUGCUCAUUGCUUAUUGGCAUCACAACCCCUGCUAGAAAAGGAGUGUUAUGCCACUCACACAUGGAGCGCAGCCAGUGCCCACAAGGCAUUGCCUGGUAGCAAGAUCCAGUGCAAACCCGACCUCAUUCUAUCUGAUGAUGUCCCAGCAAAAUGGGGAAAUAUCAGGGUGUCUGGUGAGCUGACACACAGUACUUACAAGCCCACAACGCAGCUUGGGAAGGCUGCAGACACCCAUGUGUACCUCAUGAUGAGCGAACAGCCCUGGAGGUGCUUCGUGCUCAUCUUAUCACUUACCGAUCAAUAUCGACAUCUCAGAGUCCUCAUGUAUGAUCACUCCGGUGGUGCUGUUUCUACCCAUUUCAAUAUAUACAGCCAACCAGACUUGUUCUCUCAUAUCAUUGCUGUUAUUAAUUUCGGCAACCUUGAAUGUGUCAGGUAUGAUUUGAUAGUCUCAUUUACAAAACAUGUUUCGCUGUCCCUUUCCAAACCCAUCCGCAACUAUCGCCCAAUCAAGAACAUGCCCACCCAACAUAGCACUUCAGCAGACCUUCUUGCAUCCACCAAAUCCCUUGUUGAACUGCCACCCGAGCCGGAUGCCAAGAGCCUGUCAUCUGACAAUGAUCUUGAAUCUGAAAUCUCCGAUGGCUCUGACUCUGAGGAAUGA